CAGCUGAUAAAAUCAAAUUUCAAGGUUAAGAUAUUAUCCAACCACUCCAGAAUCUUCACAUCGCCUGUUCCGUCGGAUUGGCACUGCAAGCCUGCCUAAGCCUGGUAAGCGUAAAGCACAAGUCGAUCCUCAAUCUGUAAGCAGAGAAGCUAUUUACCAAGUCUUAACUACUUUUGAUGUCUUGGAAAAGCCUUCAAUCCUACAUAACCCCAACCAGUUCUUAACCUUACCCAACCCAUCGGAACAAUAUUCCACGAACACAAAUGAACGUCGUGGUCAAUCAACAUGGACUUUAACCCUCAACAUCGUUCAGCAAAGAAGUUCCCAAAGGAAACGGAUUCCACUUCAACAACUGAAUCUUAUAACAUAUAAGAUUUGUGAAAACCACCCCUCUCCCCCUGCCCCUCUCUCUCAGUCGAUAUUUCAAACAAUCAAUAUGCGAAGAGAUUACAUCGUAUAUCGAUAUCCAACACAACAUCAAAUCAGUACGACCAACAUUCAUUCCCCGGACCGAUAGAAGGCGAGCAUAACAAGGACGAAAGAAAAAGAAAAAGUGGUCUAACAACCUGACCAAGCCAAAAGAGCUUCCGGCCCCAGACACUUGAGAAUCUAUGGUUUAGGUUCAACAAGCACAAACUCAAAACUUAGCACGAGAUACAUCGCCUUUUCCCCUCUAUUUCUCCUUCUAUGAUCGACAACACAGACUUUGAAGCAUGAUAGAGUGAUUUCGCCACCCUAUGCGCCAAUUUCAACUCCCUAAGGCUUUCAAAGACCUUCCGACAGAGUAUUAGCAACCCAAGACACCGUACAUAUUGCGACAUUUACUACAAGAUAUUAUGAGAUUAUGACUUCGAUAUUGACUGCAUAUCCUCUUAAUUUGCCAGAAAAUAAUAUCAUGGCUCAAAUCGAUCCGCCUGCUAUGUCUCAAAUGGCCGACCCCAUGCUACAACACAGGUUUAAUGGAGAAAUUGACGACAAAAAUCGCGGUAGACGUCGAAGCCGUACAUCAAUGAAAACCACAGAAGAUGAAGGCGAGCUUUCGCUUGGAGAACUUGCAGAAGGUCACACUUCUGGCGAUGACGGUCCCUUGCGUAAACGAAGGAGAAGUCGCAAAGGUCUAGACAAGAAGUUUGAAUGUUCUACAUCGGGCUGUGGGAAGAGCUAUUCUAGAGCUGAGCAUCUCUAUCGCCACCAAUUAAACCAUACCCCGAAACAGAUAUACAACUGCGACUUUGAGGGAUGCUCGAGAACGUUUGUCAGACAGGAUUUAUGUAAUAGGCAUCGAGACCGGCAUACUGCAAAAGGUUCACAACUACACAGAAAAGAUUCAAUGUUGAGUCAAGGGUCAUCAGUAUCGCAGAUUCCACAACCACAGUUACCUCAAGGUUCCGCGUCCCCUGAGGUACCAAGACCGAGUCUAAUGGGGUCCAAGAUACGGACAACGCAAAUACCAUACCAGUCUCCACAAGAUAUUCGACCCACUUCAUACUCGCCAGUGACCAAAUCAGCACCCGGAACUUACUCUGGUGCUAGCGCAGUUAACGGCGCAGAUGGAUAUCCAUCUGCCAAGUACAAGCGCUCCGACUCUGAUAUGAUCCAGAGGGGCCAAAAUUCAUCAUCUGCCGGUUCUAAUAGUAGAGUUCAACGACAUCAAAGCUUCGGAACUCCCGAUACGAGGUCGUCAAAUUUCUCCAGACCAUUGCAAGCAAAUGUUGGCCAUUACGCUAUGCUACCGAACGCCCCAAACAACCAAAACUACCAUGGCAAUCAACCACAUAGUCCGCAGGCAUACAUAAGCCAACAAAACUUUCCUCCUUUCAGCUUACCACCACCAGGAUUUGCGAAUGUGACUGCAACCACGAUGCCCUCACGUGAGCCGGAAUUACAAUCUCAAACUCCUGUUUCUACCGAGUAUUCAAAUGAGAUCAGUCAAGCUCAGCAUUCAGGUCCAGAUAUGGUGCUUCUAGAUCAAAUGGCUACGUCAAAUACAAUGCCGGUAUUCGGUGGCGAAGGAUGCUACAAUCGUUCUCCAUUCGCCAUACCCGAAGAUUUUGUAGCAUACCUUUUUAGUAGCCAACAAAACGAAAUGGGUCAGAUGAGUCAACAGCCUUACGCAAACAGCUACCCUGACGCUACAGCGCAGUACUAUGCGCCUUAUUUCACUAAUGAAAUUGGCCUUGGAGGGUUUUAUCCUCCUACUUCUCAUCAAUCCCAUCACCCUAUGGCUGUAAAUAGUUUGCUUGACACUAGCUUGCCGGAGACAGUUUUGUCAGAAGAGAAGAGCCAAGCCAUUAUUGACUUGAUCAAGGAAAGAUUCAAUGAGACUGGAAACGCACCCCUUGUUAAGCAGAAAAAGGAUGCACUUUUCGAUGGGGACCGUAGUAAUGACAGUCAUAUGAUGAGUAGAAAAAUGAUGCAAACGUAUAUCGGUAGUUACUGGUAUCAUUUUAGCGAUCAAAUGCCAAUAUUACACAAACCAACGUUUUCUCCAGAUAACACACCGAACCUCCUUCUAAUUGCAAUGAUGGCCAUAGGCGCGUCUCUUCUUGACAACACGUACGCUGAAGAUGUGACGCAGGCUGGCGCGGAACUGUCAAAUUUCUUGGCAUGGCACCUCAGAUGGGAGAUAUUCAGUGACCAACAAUUCCGCCCUCCAGCAAAAUUGUGGGUAUUCCAGGCUCUUUUACUACUGGAAGUAUAUGAAAAAAUGUAUUCCACCAGAGCGCUCCACGAAAGAGCCCACAUCCAUCACGCAACCACCAUCACCUUGAUGCGUCGGGGUAGCUCAUUGAUAGGCCGUUCUGCUUUGGAUUCGCCUCCGAGUGCGAGAGAACAAGGGCAAAAUAAUUCACGCCAAUCGUCAACAUCAGGAGCUAACACACCUGACGAGUGGUGGAAUCAUUGGAUUACGAAUGAAGCUACAAGACGGGCCGCAUUUGCGGCCUUUGUUAUCGACUCCACGCACGCAACGAUGUUCGGACAUUCUACAGUUAUGGUUGCUCACGAGAUGCGUCUUCCUUUGCCAUGCGAUGAAGCUAUGUGGAAUGCCACAAGUAGUGCUGAAGUUGGUCGAUUGGAGUCAACCCUUCAAGCCAAUGGAGUCAAGCCUAUAUCAUUUUUGGAAGGUCUGAAACGAACUCUUAAUGCUCAAACAGUGCGAACAAACUCUUUUGGUCGUACGAUAUUGAUGGCAGGACUCUUGAGCGUUAGCUGGCAUAUGCAUCAGCGUGAUCUACAGGUCAACUCAUUGGGUGUAUCGCAGGCGUUAGGCGGUCGGGAUAAAUGGAGAGGAUCCUUGACUCGAGCAUUUGACCUUUGGAAACGAGAUUUCGACAUGUCUUUGCUACAACAAUCUGAAACGAUGAUAGGGCCUUAUGCUUAUACUGGUAAGGAAAACAACGUUGUCUAUCAGUCAAGGACAGUGCUUCAUCAUCUCGCACAUAUGGCAAUGCACGUUGAUGUUGUUGACUGUCAGAUAUUUGCAAGAGCAAAACGUCUUCUUGGCCGCACAAUUGGAUCACAGGACUUAAACAGUGCCCAGAAAAGAAUGAAAGAUGCUUGGGCACCGACCGCUAGAGCUAGGGAUGCGACAUUUUAUGCAAUCAAAUUUCUCUGCACAGUACUUCUUCCCAACGAACCUACCUCAGUCUCCCACGGAUAUGAUCAUGCACAACCGGAUCCGCCAUUUGAUUAUUCAGCUCGCGACGAUAUUCUUCUAAACCGACCGUGGGUUAUGUAUUUUGCUGCUUUGAUUGUAUGGUGCUACGGAUAUGCACUCGAAGGAUCGACUAAUGUCACAGUCCCUUCUCCAAACUCAAUGGACGACCAAGUUCGGGAUAUGCGAGCCUAUUUGCGACGAUUCGGCUCGGUGGAUAAUCCUGAGGAAUUGAAAAAGUUGACUGGUCUCAAUGGAUGUUCUGGGAUGCUGAUGGUUUUGAAAAGCGUUUUUGAAAAAACGAGAUGGCAAUUGUUGCAUGAAGCUGCCUUGUUGUUGACCAAUUGUAUUAAUCUGUUGGGUGCACCUACACCGGCAGCUGGUCGUGAAUCAUGA